GCAGCGCGGGACGAUGCGGCUGAGGAUGAAGCGGGGGCAGCGAGCGGAGCGGGGCCGGGGGGAGCCGGGACCACCCAGAAAGGCAUCCAGGAGAAAGUGUGUCCUCGCCGACCACCACACCUGAGAGCAGCCCGGGCCGGGCCCGAGGUGACAAUGGCGGCCGAAGGGCUGUGGGGGCCGGGCGGCCCCCCCGGCUGGGAGCUGGAGGGGUGGUACCAGGACCUGCAGGAGGUGCUGGCGGCGGAGCCCCCCGGAACCGCCCCCACCUGGGGGGCUGAGCAGGUGGACCCGGGCCCGGGGGGCUGCGGGCUGGACGCGGCUCUGGCCGAGGAGCUGCUGGAGCUGCUGGGGCCGGAGGGCGCGGCACCAGCGGAAGCCCCGGGCGCGGCCCCCGGUGGGAGCUCCAGUGCCCUCCCAGGCCCCGCCGAGGAGGAGGAGGAGGAGGCGGCGCGGGGGGCGCGGAGGAAGCGGCGCGGCGGCCCCGGGGCUCCGCGGGACGGGGAGCGGCGGCAGCGGGACGGGGAGCGGCGGGUGCGGGAGCUGACGGCGCACAACGAGCGGCUCCGCGCCGAGAUCCAGCGGCUCAGCGCCGAGGUGCAGCGCACCCGCGCCGCGCUCAUCGACCGCAUCGUCAACCUGCGCCGGGUGUAGGGGCAGCCCCGGGACACGGACCGAAGGUGUCAGCGCUGCCCCGCAGCCGGGGACAAGGACUCUGCUGCCCCACGGACUGGUGGGGGCAGCCCUUUGGACAGACGGACAUUGUGGACAGACAAGUGGAUGCAGCUUCUCCACGGUGUUGUACAGCUCUUGUCAUUUAUUACACACAUCUAACCACAA